AUGAGUUUCAUGCCAGUCAACCCGCGGCCGAUGCUGCAAGACCUUGUCAACAAGGACGUCUACGUGCGCCUAAAGUGGGGCGAAACCGAGUACAAGGGAAGGCUGGUCAGCAUCGACAGCUACAUGAACAUCCAGCUCAGCAACGCGCAGGAGUAUAUCGACCAGAAGCUCGAGGGUGAUCUGGGCCAGAUCCUUAUCAGGUGCAACAACGUGCUUUGGAUCAGGAGCGCGACGGCAGACGAGAACGGCGACGUCAAAAUGGAAUGA